AUGUGGAUCCUCACUUCUUCCAAACCCCCCAUUAUCCAUGAGACUCUUACACCAAACUCACCACUAAGGCAGAAUUUGAAAGACAGAUUUGCCGUUCAGGCGCAGACAUGUUCGGAAAUGAACAGUCGAAGUGAACCUUGCCGACCAGUCUGUACUGGGUACGGAGCUUGUCGCUAUCAAACCGAUUAUGAGAAGAGAGGGCUAAGAGCCAUUGCUUCCGAUUUGGCAUUUGUUCUGUUCCAUGCUUUGUGGUCCAUUUUCGUUCGCACAUGGAGUGAGCAUCUCAAUGCAAUCUCGGCCCUCGCCUCGUACCCGGUCUGGGACGCAGACGGUCCGUGCGCGGACAACUGGACCGCACCAACAUUCCUUGGUAAGACAAGUGGAUACAAGUCCUGGAUCAAGACGAUAAAAUUUGCCGAAGCUGGUGCUGCGCAGACAUGUUGCAUAAUGUUUAUAUUUUAUGGGCGUCAAACAUGUCCUCAUGCAAAUUCAACACACCGCAAAUGA